AUGAAUACCACUACUGUCAACCGGGACCCGCUGUAUGUAGCUAUCUUAAAGAAUGUGAUCACUGUUGUCCUCUCUCUUGCUAUUAUCUACAUUAAUGGGACUCUGGUUCAUACAUUCAGAAAACAUCAGGUUUUCAACACAAAUUCUCGUUACAUCCUGUACAUACACCUGGUAAUCAACGAUAUAAUCACGCUUUCAAUGAUGAUCCUCCUCCAAGUUCUGAGUUACAUUAUAUAUACUCUCAAUGUCUCAUUUUGCAUCAUUAUGCUAAUACUUGUCACAUGUGCAUGUCUAAACAACCCCUUAACGCUGGCUGCCAUGUCUCUAGAGUGCUACUUGGCCAUAUGCUUCCCUCUCCGUCACCCUCAGAUCUGUACAGUCAGAAAAACUUACAUUGUGAUCACUGUGAUAUGGGUCCUUAGUUUAUUGACAAUCUUACCAGAUCUGUUCAUAAUUAUUGCCACAAGACCUGCAGAGUACUUUCAUUCCAGGGUCUUCUGCUUGUGGACUAACAUUGUUACAGAUGCAAUCCUUGAAAAGAAGAAAGAUGUAUCCAACAUUUUGCUUCUAGUCAUUGUUUUUCUCAUUCUGUUUUAUGCAUACUUGAGAAUACUUUUCACUGCACAGGCUGCUUCAGUAAAUGCAAAGAAAGCAAGGAACACUGUCCUACUUCAUGGAUUUCAGCUGUUGUUAUGCAUGCUACACUAUAUUUAUAAUAUAUCAAUAGAGGGCCUGUCAAUGCUGUUUCCAAAAGAUACUUUAGCCAUUCGGUAUGUAAUUGCACUAUUUAUUCAGAUUAUGCCAAGGCUCAUCAGUCCCAUGGUAUAUGGCAUAAGGGACAAAAUGUUCAGGGAACACCUAAAACGAUACCUGUUACCUUUAAAUCCAGCUGUUCAUCCAAAAAAGGUACAAAAGAGGAAAAUAUAA